AUGGAGGGGCUGGGGUUGGGCGCGUCUUCCGAGUCGGCGGCCCCAGGAAUAUUCGCGGCAAUCGUGGUUCACAAGGGGCUGGCCGCUUUUAGCCUCGGCUGCAUUUUCUUCUCGAGCGAAUGUUCCCGACUCCAGUUCUUCUUGUGCAUGGGAGUGUUCUCGCUGCUCACUCCCCUGGGAGCGGCGUUGGGGAUGCUAGUGCGAGCUAGCUCUGACGGUAGCUCAGCGGGCGCGGGCGUGUGCACGGCCUUGGGAGCCGGGACCUUUCUCCACGUGGCUGCGAUGGAGGUGUUGCCGAGAGAACUUCUCCACGACUCUCGCAUGAAGAACACCAAGAUGGCGUGUCUGGUUGGGGGAUACCUGAGCUUCGCCGCCCUUUCUCGUUACGUCUAG